AUGACGGUAACCCACGUUGGUGCGACGAACGCCUACUCUGAAAACUGGGGAGCGGUAUUCGGGAAGUCGAACAAGAAAUCCACCAAGAAGACUGCCCCGAAAAAGAAGACCGCCAAGACAUCGCCCAAGAAGAAAGCUGCCGUAAAAAAGACAUCCAAGAAGAAGGCCGUGAAGAAAUCGGCCAAGAAGAAGACUCCAGCAGCAGCCAAGAAGAAGCCGGCAGUGCGUAAGAAGGCCGUCAGUUUGGCGGCCACGCUCUUGGGGCGGUUCAAGCAACAAAUCGAUAGCCUCGAACUGAUCCCGUCCUCCGGCGGCCGUUUCGAACUUCUACUCGACGGCCAUCUCGAAUACUCAAAGCUGCAGACCGGUGCGUUUCCGGACGAAGCCGAUAUGCUCUCGCUGGUUGAUAGAAAGUUUCGCAGUCUGUUCGUCCUGCUCGGUGUAACGCUGCGCAUCCACGACCUUGGGCACAGUUUGUGGCUGGAUGAACUUCACACGGCUUGGGUCGUGGACGGACCAUUGUCUGAAGUCGCCCCCCGAGCACGGAUUGGGAACCAUAGCCCUGCCUUCUUUUAUGUCGAGUGGGGCAUCAUGCGAGCCUUCGGGCUAAGUGAGCUUGCCCUGCGAUCGCUGUCGGUAGCGGCGAGCACCGCUGUGAUGAUUGUUGCCGCCUGGGCCGUGUGGCGGUGGACGGCAUCGAGCCUGGCAACAAUCGCAACCUCCGGACUCCUGGCUGUAGACCGACUCUUCAUCUUCUACGCUCAAGACGCUCGCCCCUAUGCAUUGUUGGAACUGGUCGCUUUGCUUCAACUCAUCUCUCUACGCGAAGUACUUCAGAAGGCGCAGAGGGGUUGGAGGGUUGCGCUAGUCGCCACUUCGGUUGCGAUGUUGUACUUGCACUACGCUUCCGCGUUACUCUUACUCGCGGAAGCUGUCUUCGUGGGUGUUAGUUGGUACGUGUCGCGGGGUAGAAGGCCAGUGAACUAUCAUCCACGCACGGCGAUGAUUGAUGUGGCGUGCGUCAUCGGGUUGGCGAUCCCACUCGUUCCCCAUGUAUUGCAGGUUGCAUCGCAGCGUGGGAACUGGGCCGAAUUUGUGCCGCGACCUGCAUUGAUUGAUUUUGUUACUCUGUUUCCCUUGGACGUUUGGUUGCUCUACCCUGCCCUGGUUGCUGGCCUGGUCCAUUGGUGGAAGCAUGAGCCACUUCCCAGAUCGCCCUCCAAUCUUUCGCAGCAUCGCUCGCUAAUCGUCUUCUUGCUAGGAGUCUUCUUGAUCCUACUGGUGAUGGCCUGGGGGCUUACCCGAAUCGACCUCGCCCGAGUGUUUCUCAAGCGAUAUCUCAUGAUUGCCGCGGUAGCUCCAAUUAUGGCCACCGCAAUCAUUGGUGCACUACUGCGACCGCCCAGAGUUCAGGUGGCGUACUUUGUGACGCUCGUUGUGGGGCUGGCGGUCUCUCCGUUGCAAACUUCGGCCCAUAGCGUUUUGAGAAACGUCUAUCUGAAUCACAGCAUAUCCGGCCAUGCUCGCGAGGACUGGAGGGCCGCGGCGGAGUAUGUGAGAAAGAACAGAAACCACGCUGCCCCUGUCUUCGUGCGUUCCGGAUUCAUUGAAUGCACAGAGGAGAAUCUGGCGGAGACGAAGUGGAUCCCCUACGGAACUGCUCCGUUGAACAAUCUUUAUGCACUUGCCGAUGACGAAUCACAUUUGAUUCCACUCACGACCCCGCGGCCGUGGGACUUAAUUCCCCAGGCAAGGCAACUACUAAUGUCGGCCGGUGAGGGAUGGAUUGUGCUACGCGGCAAUACGGCUCUGGCAGAUAAGACCGCUGCAGAAUUGGAAAAUAGCCUUAGCCCGAUAGGAACGUGGAGAGUGGCGCGACUGCAGACUUUUAGUGGGCGCCCCGGCGUGACGGUUUUUCAUCUCGAACAGGUUGGAAUCACCGGGCCCGAUACAACCACUUUCGAGCCAUAA